UUUCCUGUAUUUUUCCAUAAUUCUAUUGAUUUUCUCGACAUCACACGUCGUUUCGGAGUCAUUGCGUCUAUUCGAUAUAUCGAUAGCAAACGCGCGGCAGUGUGACCACCUGUUUCCAUUCAUCUAGCUGUUAGGACAGAGCAAUAAAUUUACCGUUGCUAGGUAACUCAUUUGUUUUCCCAUUUUUUUUGCCUUUGGUAAAAACGAUGGACCUCAUAAAGGAAAUUAAUGAAAAAUAUAUGGCACUGGAGUCGGAAAUCGAUCAGAAACUGGAGAAAGUCCAGGCUGAGGAACUGAAGCUUGAGCGCCAAACCGAGAAGCUGGCCAAGAUUUCGAUCCAUCCGUCGCCACCCAAAGUGCUGUCCUACGAAGAGGCCCUGCUAAGGAACACAAACACCCUCAAGUCCCUGGAACUGGCCAAGGCUCGUCUUAGGUCACGCAUCACCUACUCGCCGGUAGAGAAACUACUGCAGGAGGCCCUUGACAAAUACAGGAAAGAGCUGGAGUGCCUGCAGGUGGGAUUGAAGGAUGAAGAGGCCAACGAAGAAGAUGAGGAGCAAAACCUCUACGACCUGGUAAUGCAGAAUGUAAUCGAAGCAACCGGCAAAGGAAGCCUAAAGAAGCAGACGUCACAAAAUGCCGACGACAAUCGCCGCCAUUGAGGGUCUGGUUUUUUUAUGCAACUCUAGCCGUAGAUGACUGAUAAAUACAAUAUAUGUACUCGUACAAUACUACAUAUAUGUACUACAUAUGUACACCAAAGUGUUUGCUGUGCUGUCUUGCUGUCUUGGCUCAGUUUCCAAGCUGAAUAAACACGCUCCAA